CGAUCAGAGUGAGAGUAUGUCGCCCUUCUGCGGCUCCUGACCUGUUGCCUGGUCCCGUUGCGUCGAGGACACUUGCAGUCAUCUCUCUUUACCCGAGGUCGUGUCAGUUAUAUGUGUCACGUCACUUCGAACAGGUCGUACAUCCCUUAAGAUGAGACGGUACACCUCAAGGGCCCUUAUUACACGCUGACUAAGCCUGUUUUGACGUUACAAGUAUUGACAUAUACUUCGAUAUCCAAGAGACCCGAGCAUCCCCUCUGACCCUACAGCUAAUACAAUAUUGAUCUCGGAAUUCUUCAUCAUGAGUGGAUACACGAACUCGCAGACGUGGGAGGCUUGGUUAGAUGUCUAUAAUGUAUCAUGGAACAACACCUCCUUUAUAUUUUUGGCAUCUGUGGCCCUGUCAGCAGCUAUCAUCAUUGUCUCAUGGAUCCUUCCAUUUAACAGCAGUGUUAGAAAUCGCAAAAGCAAAGUAGAGAUUAAGAUCGAUGAACCUGAGGAUGAUGAGCAGGAACUACAGAGAUUGUUGGAUAUAGCCCACCAGGCGCCCAGUGAUGUAAAGAAGGCUCAGCGCCGGGCCCUAGAACGCAACAUUGAAACUCACAUGAGUGAUGAACAGCGACUAGCUGAGAGAGAGGCUCAGUCACAGCAGUUAGCUGCUAUAUUUAAGAUGAUGAAAGAGCAAGAGGAAAAAUUUGGAGAAACAACCAUAGAUGAAAUAAAAGACCAGAUGAAGCUUUACUGUGGUUAAUACAGUCCCAACCUGGGUCUGACAGGUGAGACAAAGGAAAGAAGUCUUGCAGUAGCCCUUGAGUAUAAUUGCUCAUACUUCCACUGUUUACAGAAAGUCCAGGGAAAAAGUGUUUGGUUUUAUUUAAGAACUGUAUUUGCCAUCAGCUCACAGAGGGCAAGGCACAGUACAUACUCCUAUUACUGAGCUUUGGGUCAUGAACUUCAGUUUAAGUGCUUUCUUCUUCCUGUUUUCUUUUCUUUUUUCUCCUCCUCCAGUUGAUACCAGGAAUGUUUAAAUUCAAGCUUAUAAUAAUUUAAAAAACACAUAAAUGAAACGGUGAAAUAAAUUUUGUAAUUGAUUAAUCGCACACCACAGUGUGGGAUGAAAGAGGGUAAUUAUGGACUCCACAGGUUAAGAACCAAGAAACUGCAAGGUUACAUAAUUGCAGAUGUGAUAUGAAUUAUAUUUUACUAGGAAUGUAGGAUUUUUGUAUGUAUGUAUAGAGUUACAUAGUAAAUCAUAUUUUAUACACAAUGUGUGUAUAGAUGUAUAGAAUGAAUAAUACAGUUUUUAAUUUUAGAGCUAAGUUCCCAGAUCAUAUGAUGCCCAUUAUGCUUAUUUUCAUUCCCAGACAACUUCUGGAAUAGGAUGUCAUAGAAUUAGUAACCCCUCCAUAGUGAGCUGGAAAACAUGCCUCAGAUGGGCUUGUUUUCUGCAAAUUCAAAUCUCAAUAAAACUUGUUUCCCCUCAAGAAAUUAUCAGUAAUGAUAAACAAAGAAGAAAGAUGAGAUUACAGAAGACAUUGACUGGCAGUAAACAGUUAAAGGAACAGUUGAGUUGUACAAUUUUAUUCAAUACAGUCAGUAGGAACACUAACGCAGAGACUCUCUGGUAACAUAUAUCCAGGCUAGACACUUCAAAAUGCCUCUGAAAUUUCAAAACAUUAUAAUACAUCAGUUGCCCUAUUCGAAAUGAAUGUAGUAUUCCAUCAGCCACUAUGGAGGGUAAAAGCAAAUAGUGGAGGAUAGUAUCUUCCACACUCGUAAUGAGAGUAGUGAGAGCCAAAGCUUGUAAAUAUUUCUUUACUAACCGAUGUAAAACAAGGGUCCAAACUUGACAUAUAAUUUAGACAAAUGUUUAGCAACUCUAGGAAGUGAGUGAGUGUGAAUUUCUAGGUAUUAUUUUGUAGCAUUUAUUUAUAAAUAGAUUUGUAUCAUCCAUUUUAACCUGCAUAGUAGUACUUUAGAAUGUGUAAUUAUCAUCAGGGUGUUUGUUUAGUUAUGUCCUCCAUAAUUGUAUUUAAGGAGGCCUAAUUAACUACUUAAUAUUUAUGUAUGAAUAUACACAUUGAUUCUCUGAAAAUAAAGAAAAAAAGUCAUAAACCUCUUCACUCCCCUGUCAUUUGCAUCCUUUGGUUAUUCUCAAGAUGCAAACUUCAUCAACAAGUGCACUUAUGUCAAUGUGCGUGUGCAUGCAUGCAUGCAUGCAUAUAUGUGUUUGCUUAGGAAUGCAGAUUUAAGUAUAACACAAUACAUGAUGUACUGUAUUUAUGCAUAUUUGUGUGUAUGUUUGCUUUAAGAAUGUAAAUUUAAAUACAAGAUGCAGUACAUGUAAUUCAGUGACAUUUGUGUAAAAAUCAGGGGAAGCCAAUAAUUUUUAAUUAUUUUUGAAAAAUAUUUGCAAAUAUAAGGGGAUUGACCACUAGAUUGAGUGAUUGUUAAUUUUCUGAGCUUGAUCAUUUAUAUUAUAUUACUCAUUUAACCCAGUGAUAAUGGGACAGCAUGUAUACAUGCCAUGUCUGCUAUGAUUUUAGUGUAUUCAUUUUGCUUACAUAUAGAUGGCACCACAAGAGCUUAGUUACCAAGGAGUCAAUUACUGGUCCUACCCAUAUCCUUGGUUUUUUGGAAAGAUUUUUUUAUCUUUUAUUUCUUACUGCUAUAAGUAUUGAUGAUAACACUGAAAGAUCACAGUGUCAAUGAUAAUAAUAAUAACAGCAAUGAUAUUAAUAGCAUUAGAAAAAACUACACUUUCCUAAAAGCUCAAGGAAUUGGGAUAUUAAGUGAAGUUUGGUAGGCCUACUAAUUGACUCCUUGAUGACUAAGCACAUGUAGAGUCAUCUAUUAGAUGUGUAGACAGAUUUCACCAGUGGGUUAAGGUUCAGUAUACAGUUUAGUUCCUUAGACAAAAUUGAUAUGGAAUAAAUGUCAUAUAUAAUGCAUAUAGCUUCAUAACAUGUAUAAAAUAUAAAAUUCAUAUUAUAAAAGUAUUGUAUUUGGGAAGAAUAUUUUUGGCCAUACUAAUUACCCAUUACCUAUAUGAUAUGAAUCUAUUUUUCUUUUUCUUCAAAUAAAAUGUGGAUAUUCCA